CGAGAACCUCGCCUAGAAAGAGACAGGCGUUUUUUUCCCCGGUCCCGCACUCUCUAAAGGAGGGACCAUUUAAAUUCACAGUAUAAAUUCACAGGCCCUUCACGGCCGGAAAAAUGAAUUUCCGGCCACUCCUCUCUGUUUUCAUUUUCCGGAGGCUAUCCCCCCUUCUCAAUCCUAAUUACUGGCCGUUUUGGGCCGAUUUCGGGCGAUAUUCCUAUCAAAUAUCCCACAUUACCUCACUGUAACCUAAUUUACGGCCAUUUUUGGUCAAAACCCGGCGAACUACCGGCCAAAUUUCUCUCAUCGCCAUUUUUUCAGUCAUGGAAGAAGCGUUUGGAAGGUCAGUAGAAUCAGGGCUAAAGCUCUCAAAACGCCUGUAUUAUGGCCGGAAUGAGCUUUCAGGACGUCGUUCUGCUCCAUUUCCAGCAAAAAUGGUGGAGGACUCAAAGCACUUAUUUCCUAGGUCGCCUAUGGUUUAUUCCAUGAUUUCCGAUCCUUCAAUUGUUGAUAACCCUGAUAUACCCAGCUAUCAGCCUCAUGUUUAUGGGACCUUGGAUCCUCCUGCUUUGAUCCCGCUUCAUAUGAAUAGGAUUGAGGUCGACGUGAAUUGUGUUGUAAAUUCUGCGAUUUUUGAGUUGAAGGGUUCAUGGAGGGUUCACUGUGUUUCGUGUGACAGGAAAUGUGAUUGCCUUCUUGCUCUUCCAUUGCAUGAAGUGGGUUCAAUACUGGGUGUAGAGGCUGAAGUUUCAGGAAGAAUAUAUUCCACACAACUUAUUUCAAUGGAAUAUGCUAAAGAUUUCAUGGGGAAAACGACUAAAAUUGAAGAUGGAUGCAUAUUCAAUCCCUACUUCUUUUCUAUAACAAUUCCUCAGGUUGAAGGAGGAUCAGUACUUUCACUCAAGGUCAGUUGGUUUCAGCAUUUAACAUAUACUGAUGGCCACUACUCCCUCAGCAUGCCUUUCUCCUUUCCAGAAUUUGUCAUUCCAUCUAUGAAACAUUCCUCUCUAAGAGAAAGGAUAUGUGUGAGUGUUGACUCUGGCAAUAAGGAAGAAGUCAGAUGGAGGAAUGGCAGCCACGGAUUGCAGGAAAGACACAAGGAACCGGGGAAAUCAAGCUUCUUAUAUGAAGCAGAAGUCAGUAUGUGGUCAAGAUCUGAUUUUCAUUUUUCCUAUGACGUAUCUUCAAGUAAUAUAUGUGGUACCUUGCUUUUGCAACCUCAAAAUGCAUAUGACUUUGAUCAAAGACAGAUAUUUUACCUCUUUCUCUAUCCUGGAAGUACCUAUAAUACACAGGUUUUCAGAAAAGAUGUCCUCUUUCUUAUUGAUACGAGUGGAAGCAUGAGGGGAAGCCCUCUAGACGAUGCCAAACAAGCAGUCUCAACAGCCCUUUCCAUGCUUGCUCCGGGGGAUUCUUUUGGCAUAAUAGCUUUCGAUGAGGAAAUCAUUUCGUUUUCAACCUCUUUGGAAUUCUCGACAAAGGAAAUGAUUGAAAGUGCUUGCCAAUGGAUUGCCAAAAGAUGUGUAGCCGGGGGUGGAACGAAUAUUCUUCAGGCUGUUAAUGAGGCCAUGAAGAUGUUAUCCAAGGUUUCCCACACUUCUAUUUGUUACAUAUUUCUUAUUACUGACGGAGCCGUUAGAGAUGAACGAAAUAUCUGUCAUAUAAUGCAAACUUAUUCAACAAAUGAAGGAUUUGUGUCCCCUCGAAUUUGCACUUUCGGUGUAGGUGCUUAUUGUAAUCAUUAUUUCUUGAGAAUGUUGGCAAUGGUUGGCAGGGGUCACUAUGAUGCUGCUUAUGGCACAAAGUCAAUUGAUUCCCGGAUGCAGAAACUGUUCACAACAGCUUUCUGUACUCAACUUACCAACAUAUCCGUUAUUGAAACAAAUGAUCUAAAUACAGUGGAGGUGUACCCAUGCCCUAUUCCAGAUCUUUCAUCCAGGUGUCCCCGGGUUAUUUUUGGCAGAUUUCAUGGGAAAUUUCCAGAUUCUCUCAAACUUACAGGUUCCUUGCCUGGUUGGACCAAUUUGAAUAUUGAUGUGAAGGUUCAGAGAUUAGAGAACAUUCCUUUUGUUAAAAUGCUUGCUAAACAACACAUUGAUCUUCUCACAGCCCAAGCUUGGUUCCAUGAAGACAAACACCUAGAGGAGCAGGUUGUGAAAAUGAGCAUGCACACUGGCAUUCCAUCAGAAUUCACUCACAUGGUUCUUUUCCAGACAGAGAGAGAAAAACACUCCUCUCUUGUGCAUGAACUAAAGCUGGGAAAUAAGGUUGAUUUCUCAGAGUACACGACCUCAAAAGCCAGCAAGAUCACAUUCGUACAUGGCCUCACUGUCGGCUUUGGAAGCAUCGAGGCAACUGAAAACAAUAUUCCUAUUGAAUCCAGCGAAUUGAACGUUUCCAAGUCCAUUUUCAACAUUGGCGAUGCACUCAAUAUCAGUGUGAUCGGUGACUGCUGCUGCGUCUGUUGCGGAGAAGAUGCAGAGCGCGAGUGCUCCCGCCUCUCUAAUAACUGCGUCAUCGCCAUGACGCAGUUUUGCAGUGCCCUUUCAUGCUUUGCUUGCAUCAAUUGUUGCCUUGAGGUUUGUUGUGAUGACUUGUGCGACAUGUAAACCGUUUGUAUAUUAUGUUAUAAUUUAAUAGAUGAAUUUCAUGUGGGAUUUGUUCCUUUUGA